ACACGUGUCCAGAUCACAAUCCUUACAUAACAAAACAAACAUGUAGACUCCGACACGUGUUCGGAUCAUAGACAGUAUAAAACCCUAUGAUGACCUUUGGCUCAGUAUUCCUCAGUUCCAGUAAAAUCUUCUAUACAGAUAUAGAAAUGGACGGUAAGGGAGGGUGCUGCAUUGCAAGGUACACCGGCGGAGCUGGACCGUACGAUUAUGAUCUGUCUCAAGCUGAUCGCAUCAUGCUUCGUUUUCGUCCCAUCGCUCCUAAACCAACUAGCGACCACGGCGGCGGCGGCGGAGGAAAGCCCGUAUCCAGCAGAGAGAGCUGUGCCGGAAGCUCCGACGUAUCUUGCAGAGGAGGUAGAGGAAAGAGGAAAUGUCAGCAGACGGAGAAUGGUGGUGUCGCCAGGAGGUGCACUCGGCGGAAGAGAUCGGGAAAAACCGUGGUUAACGGCGGAGAUGCUAAGGUGACUCUCUCUCUGUUGCCGGAGAGUCCCGGUCAAAGUGCUUUUACAGAUAUGAAAAUGUCGUCUGCGGAGAAGCAGAAGCGGCAGGGUCCGUUUUGGCUGAGUUUCAGCGACGGCGACGACGGGGUGAUUACUCCGGCGUACCGGACGGUGGAGGUUACACGGAGGAUUAUGGUGGUGAUUUCGUCGUGUAUGACGGUGGAGCGUGUAACGGAUGCAUGGAAUGACGGUUACGGUAUCGGGAGGUCCGAUGAAGAAAGGAAGAUGAAUCUCGCGAGGGACACGUGUCCUGGUUUCGUAUCGGACGGUUCAGGUAGAGUGACGUGGACAAAUGAGGCGUACAGGAAGAUGGCGAUGGAUAACGUUCAAGGUGCACCGGAGAACAAGAGCGGCGAUAGUUUCCAAGUGAUCGUACGGUUGGUGAUGAGGGAGAGGCCGAUGCUAACGUACACGGCUUUUACGUGCAGGGUAAAACUACAGUUCACGUGUCAAGAUCGUGAGAGAUGCUCUGUCACGGUGCCUUGCGACGUGUGGAGAAUGGACGCUGGUGGUUUCGCUUGGAGGCUCGACGUUAAGGCCGCUCUGUGCCUUUGACCGGUAGAUAUAAUGUACUGGUACCGUACACACGACUGAAACUGUCCUGAUCGGUGCACUAUAGUCUACAUGAUUUCUUCGAAACAAAAUAUGCAUAAGUACAAUUAAGACUAGCUAGUUAUUUCGAGCAUAAUUAAUUAUGUCGUUUUUAUUCUGUCCUCUUUUCUUUUCUUUUUUUUCCUCGAGUAUAAUGUCACAUUUCACGGCAAGGUCGUCACCGUCCAAGUGCAAAAUCCAAAAGUGGUCCAUCACAAAACGUGCUCUUGAUCGCUUCAAAUGAAUGUGACACAACCAGUUUGAAACGUUAAUGUAUAAUAUGAUAUGAUUGGACCGGUAUAUAUUUUUCGAUUGGUAUAUGCUUAUGUAAAAUGCUCUGUUA